CGGGGGAUUGGAGCUGGGGUUGCUCCUGAGAUCCGCAUCCCAGACCUCUGCAAAUGUCAACUCUCCAAACGGCAAGGCGCAAGAGGAAAGAGGGACGGAGUCUUUAGGCAAGAGGCAGCGGCAGAAUUCAUAACAACUCUCUGACAGACACAGAGCAUUCACAAGAGCAUUGUGCAUAGAAUGACACAGGUCGCUAACCUAGUACCUAGUACCUAGUACCUCUCCACAUCCUCCUCCUGCUCCCCUUCCUCCUCCUCCUCAUCCUCUUCGUCCUCCUCCUCCUCCUCCUUUUCCUCCUCCUUCUCAUAUCGAAUCCGCUCUCCUUGACUCGCCUAUCAUGGCCGCGUCAUCACCCCUCCUUGCCACGUCAGCGUCCGGCUCCAGGUGGCAGACGGCAGAGGAGGCAGCAGCAGGAGCGCUUGCUCCGAGCAUCGGGCGGCAUCGUUUGGAAACGCUAUCACUGCUGCCGCCCAGAUCUCUGCGUGAUCCUGCUGCCCAUGGUGCUGCUGCUGCUGCUGCUGCUUCCGCUGUUCAUCCCCCGUUACAAGCAUCUUCUCUACAGUCACAAUUUCGAGCAGUACCGUUAGAGUCAUAUUCUGUAGAGGAUGCAGUACCCAUGACCGCUCCUUCAUCUCGUCUGCUCGAUCUGUUUGAAUUCCGGUCAGGAGAUGAUAGAAAACGGGCAGGAGAAGCAAAAGUCAGGUCUGGGGAGGAAAAGACAAGGCCAGGGAAGGGAAGGACAAGACCAGGGGAAGAAAGGUCAAGGUCAGGGGAAAAAAGAAGAAGGGAAAGGGAAGGAAGGAUAUGGGAGAGGGAAGAAAGUCCAAGGCCAAGGGAAGGAAGCAGAAUUCCCAGGGAAGAGGAAGAGAGAAGGGAUGAGAGCUGGUGGAAAGCUGGAGGGAGGAUGGAGGAGGGGAGAGCAGUCGUGAGGACAGGGAUGGGGACAGGCAUGGGAAAAGGGAUGACAGGAAUGACAGGGAUGGGUACAGGCAUGGGGACAGGCUUGGGCUUGGGGACAGGCUUGGGGACAGGCAUGGGGAUAGGCAUGGAAACGGAGAUGGCCGGAAUGGGAAGCCGAGGCGUUGGAAUGAGAGGGUUGCAAGAGAGUGCAGUGAGAGAGAGUGAUGCUGAGGGAAUGACAGGAAUGGGGAGCAGAGGCGUGGGGAUGCUAGGCCUGUACGAGAGCUCCGCACGAAGGGAGGGUGAUGCCGUGGGAAUGGCAGGAAUGGGAAACAGAGUCGUGGGUAUGAGAGGCUUGCACGAGAGCGCAACGAGGGGGGCUGCCGCUGCUGCCGCUGCUGCAGCUAGUACAGCUUCCUUCUUGCAGUCACAGCUGUUGGUAGAGGGGAGGGCGGCCGACGCUGAUGCUGCAGCAGCGGGUACUAGGGCUUCUUUCUUGCAGCGACAGCUGUUGGUAGAGGGGAGGGAGGUUGGCGCUAAUGCGGACGCUGCUGCUGCAGCUGCUGCAGCUAGUACAGCUUCCUUCUUGCAGUCACAGCUGUUGCUGCUGCAGCAAAUGAGGCUCCAGCAAGACCAGCAGCAGCUGUCACAGCUGCAGAAACAGCAACAGCCCCUGCAGCAGCAGCAGCAGCAGCAGCAGCAGCAGCAGCAGCAGCAGCAGCAGCAGCAGCAGCAGCACGGGUUUCUUCCUGGUUUGCUCUUGGGAGCCCACGACUCAGCAGGAAUGCAUCAUUCUUCCUUCUUGGCCUUGGUGGAAGGCGACCAACAGAGGCGGCAAGAGUCGCAGGAGCAGCAGCAGCAGCAGCAGCAGCAGCAGCAGCAGCAGCAGCAGCAGCAGCAGCAGCAGCCGCAGCCGCAGCCGCAGCCGCAGCCGCAGCCGCAGCCGCAGCCGCAGCCGCAGCCGCAGCCGCACGCCCUGCAUAUAAUCAAGGGCGUAUUCAAAUGAAAAAGGAUUAGGAUCAUACUGCAUGGUACAAUGCGGUCCAAGUGUUGGAAUCGUGCUUCAGUGCGGUUCAUUUUGGUUCUAAUCCCAGUGCGUAGGAAAACGCCCUAACAUCCCUUCAUGGCAUCUCGCUCUGAUGCGAUCAGUGUGACCUUUGUUAACCAUCGAUUUGCCUACUGAUCUAGUGCAGGAGGUGUUACCUUAUGUAUUGAGAGCCUAGGGCUCAAGUCCCAGCUGGUCAC